AAUAAAUGGCAGAUGUUCAUUCUUAAAGGAAAAGUGUGUAAAAGGUAUGAUAUCAUUCCAAAAUAGUAAGCAUAUAUUGAUGAUCUAUUCACAAAUGACAAUGAACUUGAUGAAGAUAAGGAUUUAAUAAAAUAAUACAACACUGCUAAGAGAGAAAGAAAAACAAUUGAAGCACACAAACAAUUACUUGAUAAUAGAGUAGCAUUGUUGAAAUAAGAGGAAAUUAGAACAUUAAAAAAGAUAGAGGAGACUCGUAAAAAGGCAUUGGAAAUUUAUUAUCUUAAAAAAAAGAAUGAAGAAAAACUGAAAAAAGUAAAUCUACUUAAUUCAAUAUUUUAGAGAGAAGAAGAAAAAGAACAAUUAUAGAAGAAAUAAGAGCAAUAAUAAUAAAUUAGAAAAUAGCAAGAGAGAGAACAUAAAUUAUUAAUUGAAAAACAUAGAAAUGAUAAAGUAUAAAAAGCAUUUAUUAUCAAAUAAUAAACAAAACAUAAUGAAGUAAGGAAAAUGAGUUCUUAAAAAUAAUCAUUAACAACUCUUAAAUAAAAAAAUUAGAUAUUUAGAGAAUCAAGAGAUUUGAAUAGAGUGAAAGAAAGAAUUGUAAUGGAAAAAAGAGAAGCUAUAAGAGAAUAAUUAGGAAAGAAAUUAGAGUUUGAACAAAAGUUAAAGGAUGGAAAAUAAAAAGGUAAUUAAAUAGCAAUAAUUUUUAGAGAUUGAACAAAUUGAAACAUAUGAAAUGGAUUUGUUAUAGAAAUUAUAAAACACUUAAUAAAUGUAAAAAACUGCAUUUGAAGAAUUAGAAUCAGCUUUAACAAUGACAGCUAAAGAAUUUGCAGAAAAGUAUCUUUAACCAAAAUAAAAAGAGUAAUAAACAAAUAAUUAUAUUUAGAGAUUAAAAUAAAGAUUUAUCAAAUUUUAAUACUGAUGAGGAAGGAAUUUAAAAAAAUUAAGAUCGACCACAUAUAGAUGAAUCUGAUAAAGAUUAAUCUUCUAAAAUAUCUAUUGAAUAAAUUAAUGAAAUAAAUGAACCAAAUAUAUAAAAUGAUUCUAAUAAGGAUGAUAAUGGAGAUUAAAAUGAUAACUAAAAUUAAGGAAUCAAAGAAUCUGAAAAUAAAUAAGAUGAAUAGAAUAAUUAAUAGUCUAUACAUGAUGAGGAAAAUAAUUAAAAUUAAUAAAACAAUUAAAAUGAGAUUCCAAAUGUAUUAGAUUCACCAAAAAGUUAAGAAAAAGAAGAUAACGAAUAAUAAGAAGAGGAAUAAUGA